ACAUCAGCUAUCAGUCCAGUACAUAUCAAUAGACAGGAACCACGCGCUCGGAUUAUCCGUCCAACGAAAGAAGUCUUGUCGAUAACGGGAAAUAAGGAUGGCAGAGGCUGCGAGUGAUGAUGAAAUUAUACGCAAAGGCGAUGAACUGUAUGAUGCAUCAGAGUGGCAACCAUUAUUUGACCUCUUUUAUCCUCAUCGUGAGAGCUCGAAUCCGGAUGUAUUGUGGAGAGUCACCCGAGCGAUCGAGUGUGUGACGUCUCCCAAGAUGAAAAAAGCAGAGAAGAAAAAGUUACAUUAUGAAGCCUAUGAGUGUGCAAAGAAAGCUCUCGAUAUGGCACCUGACAACUGGGGCUGUCAUCAGCAAUACGGUAUCACUUUGCUGGUAAUUGGUGAAUACGAGGGAAGCAAAGCCCAGAUACUCAAUCUGAACACUGCCAAAGAACAUUUCUUGAAAUCAAUUGAACUGAAUCCAAAAGACGCGUUAUCUCAUCAUCUUAUUGGACAGUGGUGCUUUGAAAUUGCAAACAUGUCAUGGGUCGAGCGCAAGCUUGCUAGUACACUCUUUGCGACGCCUCCCACAUCAUCAUUCGAAGAGGCUCUGGAGCAUUUCAAUCUGGCCGAACAGAAGGACCCGGGCUUUUAUUGUGAGAACCAAACGAUGUUGGGUAAAACACAUUUGAAGAUGGGCAAUAAAGACGAGGCAAAAAAGUGGUGUACAAAGGCACUGGAAUUGAAGAUUUUGCAUCCAGACGACGAAAAGGCGCAAGAUGAAGCAAGAAAGGUUCUUCGCUCUCUCUAAGGACGAGCCGCCUGAAAUACUGGAAAGUGCCUGUCACAGCAUAGAAUAGAGUGUUUGGUGUCGUUUUGUGAUCCUUUCAGGCAGUUGACUUCUUUGAAUGUUUGUGUGUUGCAUGUGAUUUGCUUGAUUAGUUAUCAAGUUCUGAUGCAUGAUUGUUGCAGAGCCGAUUACAAUUGAAUCUUGUUCUGGUCAA